AUGAAGCAUCUUAUUACUGUUUGCAUCGUGGUCUUGUGGGCAUAUGCAUACCCAAGCAUGUCUCAAAUGUUGUCUGAAUCAUCUGUUAUUAAAGCACAUCAGCAAUGGAUGACAAAGUAUGGAAUCACAUAUAAAAAUAGUUCCGAAAUGCAGAAACGCUUCCAGAUAUUCAAAGAGAAUUUAGAUUAUAUUGAGAAGUUUAAUAGUGCUGGUAAUAAGACCUAUACCCUCGGCUUAAAUCCAUAUUCUGAUUUAACAACGGAAGAGUUUAAGGCUUCCUACACUGGACUCAAACUUCCAAGCCAUGCUUAUUCCUCCAAAACCAUAUCAAAUGAAGUACUGUUCAACAUCAGUACCGAUAAUAUUCCAUCAAGAAUCGAUUGGAGAGAGAGAGGAGCGGUGACCCAUGUUAAGAAACAAGGAGAAUGUGAUGCUUGUUGGGCUUUUGCAGCUGUGGCGGCCGUAGAAGGUUUUUGGAAAAUAAAAAUGGGCACUCUGUUGACAUUGUCCGAGCAACAACUAAUUGAUUGCGAUAACGGUAGCAACGGAUGUAUCGGUGGUGAUAUUAUGAGUGGCUUAGAUAAUAUAAAAGCAAACCGAGCUAAAGCUUACAUAACUUGUGCCAUAAGGCUAAAAAGAAAUGAUGAAGAAAAUUUAUUAAGAGCCGUGGCAGAAGAGCCUGUGGCAGUUGGUAUCUCUGUUGGGGAUGACUUUUUUAAAUACAGCGGAGGGGUUUAUUCAGGAUCAUGCGGAACCUCUCUAGACCACGGGGUUACUAUAGUUGGUUAUGGAACAACUGUAACAGGAUUGAAAUAUUGGUUGAUUAAGAAUUCUUGGGGUAAAAAUUGGGGUGUGGAUGGAUACAUGAAGAUAAAAAGACAAGGUGGUGGACCUGAAGGUCAUUGUAGCAUUGCUUUUUAUGCUGUUAUUCCCUGUAUAUAUUGA